CGUUUGUUACGGUGCAGAGUGAUGUUGAGUUUGAAAAGGUGAAGCCGGUGAGGAGGGUGGUGCACUUGGAGUAACGCCCACUCCAUAUCUUCGGCGUAAAGUUUACCCCGUGCAUGAACGAGCUGGCUCAGGCAACGACAUUAUUAUUCAUUCUCGCAACCUCAAAACUCCAACAUCACAGGGAAACUACGAUACUCCUCGGCCGACGCAGGAUCCUUCAAGUGGCAGUGUGGCUUUUUUGCUUUAUAAUGAUUCUGUUGAUUACAUAUUU